CAGGUAUCAGCAGGCCACAAAGGCGUAUCCAUCAGCUGCAAAUGCUCAAGCAAUGGCUGCCAAAGUUGACACACUUAAAGAGGAGAUGGAUGAAGCUCAGAACAAAAUGGAAAUAUGCAAGGAUCAACUGGCAGCAGACAUGUACAACUUUUCCUCCAAGGAAGGAGAAUAUGCUUGCUAUUAUGUGUUGUUGGUAGAAGCUCAAGCUGAAUACCACAGAAGAGCUUUAGCGUCCAUCGAGAGUGUCCUGCCCAGCAUACAGUCCCAGCAAGGUGUGAUAGUUUCUCUUCACUUCCUGGACAGUCCUGCACUGAGCAUCUGCUGGAUAAAUGUUGCAUAUGAAUGCACAACGUUUCUGAAAUCAUGA